AUGCCUGCACACAGCGCGGAAGCUUUCGUGCAAAAUGCUAUCGAUGACAAGACGAGCAGGUUUUCCCGUGCCCUCUGCUCACGGUGGACGGACUUUCUACUCAACCCACUUGAAUACAAUGAAUGUUUCGAGCAGAUCUUGUACGGUGCAGCUCUCACCGCCAACGAACCUGCGAUCAAAUGGUCCCUUGCCAUGAUCAGCGAAGCCCCCCUAUCGUCUUGUUGUGGGUAUGACAUCUUUUUAUACCUUGGAAUCGCCAUCGGGAUGCUUCCACAGGGCCGUGUGAUCCAGUAUACCUCUCUUGUCCUCAACUGCAUCACCAACGAUCUCUCUGUUACGGACCCCAGUGAAGUUCUCUAUGGGUUUUGCCAGGGCUUAUCCUACACCGGUGACUGCAGAUUACGAUAUGCUCUUGCAGGAUAUGUGAGAAGUACGGUUUCCCAGUUGUCAGAAUCACCCACGUGGGCUGACGGGGACUUUACACAUGAAAGCUUCGAGCAGAUUGUUAGAGAAGGGUGCAGUGAGAACCUUGCUCACUGCGAAUACACCAGGGACCUCGAGACCUGUGCACGGUUAAUCCAACAAGAUAGAGAUCUUGACAAUGCGUGUGAUCUGGAAGUGCUGGCCAAAUCUGGACUCCUGAAUUCGUUUUCCACUCUGACUUUUCGCAAGAUGAAUGUUCUCGCUGGUACCGGAGAGACUCUACUUCAAGUGGCGUAUCGAUUAGAUAAUAUGCCUGGUGGGUGGUUUUUGAUCGAGCACAUACUGGAUCUCGACUGUGACGAAACCAAUUCUAUCGCAAGUUUUGAACGACAUUCGAAGGAUGUUGGGGAUGAAUACGCUGCGCUGAUGCUCACGCUUCUGGAUGUCGUGAGCAGCGACUCGGCAACAUCACAGCAGCGCGAUUCUGCACUUCACCUUGCCCAUCGUAUGCUUGAUGAAGAAAAACAAGCAGUGGUUUUAUACCUAUAUCGACACCCCUCAUUGAUUCACCGUCUGGUGAAGCAUCUUGCAACUCUGGAGAUCCUUGAGCUGAGGACCGGUGGCGAUUGCCGUUCGAGUUAUCUGAAAUUUGCAGAAGCGCUUAUGGUGCGACGUUCCUUACCCGACGACCAGCUUGCCGAAACAGCCAUGAAGGAAGCGGAAGGGCAAUUGCGGCGGGUCUCUCUCGAUUCGGCAUAUUUCGAUUCUUGUUGGUCCAACGGCCGUACACUCCUAUCGAUCCGUGAAGACAAGGUUCUAGGAUUGAAGUUGCCGAAAGCGAACGAGCAAGGCGCGCUUUGGAAGGAGGCCGCUGCCAAUGACGCUCUUCGGAUGCUUGACGAACGGCAAGGACUCGGGCUUGAAAGUCGCUGGCCGCGGACAAUCGGAAUGAUCACGAUAGACCCGCGUAUGACGCGGUCGGUCUCUGCGCCCAUCAAACUGGAACAAGGAGACAUGGACGGACUUCUGUACGAAGUCCCGAUAGCGGACGAUGAGGACUUGGAGCUCAGGGAUCUGGCUUACUUUCGAUAUCCUCAUCUUAUCAAAGAUCUUCCGACCCUACGAAGAUCGUCCAGGGUCUUUCUAUCCGAUUGGGCUCGGUUGGCAAGUCGGAUAGGCUUGUUGAACACUAUACCAGCAGAUCUCUACCAUAACGCAAGUGAUAGUGGACGACGGUACCAUUGGAACCCAGAACAACUUGGCGUCCACCGGGGAGGCACAAGUGGCGCAGGGCGGUUGGAACGGCCACGGGAAGCGAUCGCGUAUAUGAAUGCAGGCGAGCUUGGGCUUCGUGAUACGAAGUCUUUUCAGACCAUUAGCAUGUAUGCAAAAGAGCUUGAACGAGAACGCCAAAAAUUUACCGUGGGGACUACGGACAAAGCUGCAGCGCUCAUGUCUGGCCUCGGUGAUAUGUUGUUUGCAUGGGUAUUAAGUGUGGCAGAGUGGUAUCGGCUGAAUAACCGCCUGACGGAUGUUAAGUGCCUUGAGACCACACUGCGAUGGGGAAUUUCUGCCUUUUUUGAGUCUUAUACCCGCCGGAAGUCUGAAUAUACGAAAAGACUACUGCUUGAGCUGGUUGAUUGGCAGGUCUUGGCAGAACAGAUAUCUUAUUACUUCUCAGGUGCGUAUGUGACUGACCUACGAGAGAAUAGAGUUCGUCAAGGGAUCUACCCGGAUGGUCGUUGCACAGUGCAAAAGCCAAGCACGGAGCACUGGGAUGAUUCUCUUGGGUGGUCGGAGGAUGGAGUUCACGUGGAUUGUGGGCCCCGUAAUGGGCCGUUUCCCGUAACCUCCUUGAUUGGUGGUCUGCACUGCAUCACUGCAAUAGCAAUUACUUUAGGAUCUGUCAACCAGCAAAGAUAA